AGAGAGAGAGAGAGAGAGAAUGACAGCAGAUGUGCUUGUUGCCGCGGCGGCAGAGCACGACAGCCCGAGAACGUAAAAGAAGACUCGUCCAUCUUCGCCUUUGCUUCAUCACUCCCCCCCUCUUUUAAUCCGGAAACAACUUCUUCUUUCUCAUCACCUUCAUCCUCCUCUUCUUCUUCCUCCUCUUCCUGGUGGCAGGGUGUCAGAAGCAGCGGAGAACAACCAAACAUGGACGGUGAGCCGCCGAUGCUCAGCCAAUGAGAGCAGGGAGCGGCAACAGGAAGCUAGGACAAGUGAGAAAGAGGGCGGUGGCGACGUGGAGCUGCAGAUGAAGCCAAGAAACACUUAGAGGAGGAGGAGGAGAUAGUGUUGAGCUUGCAACUUCGCUCGCAUCAUCACAAUUUAAUACGAUCACGGCCUGGCAACACACACAUGCACACACAAACCCACACACCCAUUUGGAUCUGAACAGCAACUAAGUUGUUGUUCUUUACCCCAAGUGUGAUCAACACUUCCUGCAAUUGUUUUAAUGACGUGACGGGCAGCAGUGAUCGGUCCCCCUCCCUACCUCUGCCCCUCCCCCUCAUCAACAUGUCAAGCCGCCGCAUCACCAGGAAGUCAGGACAGGGUCAGUGACACACCCCACCCUACACUCCUAACUCCGAGUGGGUUUGAUGCAAGAUGGCGGCUGGCGUGGCAACAUGGCUGCCGUUCGCGCGGGCGGCUGCCGUGGGCUGGCUGCCGCUGGCCAAGAAGACUAUGCCCAAACCUCCCGUGGACAACUCGUCCAGAUCAGACGAAAUCCUCUAUGUCAAUGUCAGCGGGGUCCGCUUUCAGACAUGGAAGAAUACACUGGAUCGCUAUCCCGACACGCUACUAGGGUCCUCGGAAAAGGAGUUCUUCUACAACGACGAUACGCAGGAGUACUUCUUUGACCGGGACCCCGAAAUGUUCCGCCACAUUCUCAAUUUCUACCGCACCGGGAAGCUGCACUACCCGCGAUACGAGUGCAUCCAGGCCUUUGACGAGGAGUUGGCCUUUUACGGAAUUGUGCCCGAAAUCAUCGGCGACUGCUGCAUGGAGGAAUAUCGAGACAGGAAAAAGGAAAACCAGGAGCGCCUGGCCGAGGACACGGAAGCUAAUGAAGCGAUGGACGCUCCUCUGCCCCCGCAUAGCACCCACAGAGAGCGUCUGUGGCGAGCUUUCGAGAACCCGCACACGUCCACCAUGGCGCUGGUCUUCUACUACGUGACGGGCUUCUUCAUCGCCGUGUCGGUCAUCGCCAACGUGGUGGAGACAGUCCCUUGCCGGCCUCCCAAGGGGAGCGUCAAGGACCUCCCAUGCGGCGAGAAGUACCAGCUGGCCUUCUUCUGCAUGGAUACGGCGUGCGUGCUCAUCUUUACUUUCGAGUACCUGAUGCGUCUGUUCGCCGCGCCCAGUCGCUGCAAGUUCAUGCGCUCGGUCAUGUCGGUCAUCGACGUGGUGGCCAUCAUGCCCUACUACAUCGCCCUGGUCAUGCCCGAGAACGAGGACGUGAGCGGCGCCUUUGUCACGCUGAGGGUCUUCCGUGUCUUCCGGAUCUUCAAGUUCUCACGACACUCGCAGGGUCUGAGGAUUCUGGGCUACACUCUCAAGAGCUGCGCCUCCGAGCUGGGCUUCCUGCUCUUUUCGCUCACCAUGGCCAUCAUCAUCUUCGCCACCGUUAUGUUCUACGCCGAGAAGGGGACCAAGGGCUCCACCUUCACCUCCAUCCCGGCCUCUUUCUGGUACACCAUCGUCACCAUGACGACAUUGGGGUAUGGUGACAUGGUGCCCAACACCAUUGCCGGGAAGAUUUUCGGCUCCAUCUGCUCACUAAGCGGCGUGCUGGUCAUCGCACUCCCCGUGCCCGUCAUCGUGUCCAACUUCAGCCGGAUCUACCACCAGAACCAGCGCGCGGACAAGAUGCGAGCACAGCAGAAAGUGCGUUUGGCUCGAAUCCGCAUGGCAAAGAAAGGAACUACAAAUGCCUUCCUGCAGUACAAAGAAGACCGAGCCCUUGGGGACCGAGACAGUGACAGUGGCGCUUUGUGCGUAAGAAACAAGUCGGCAUUCGAAUAUCAACAUCAUCACCUUCUUCACUGUUUGGAGAAGACCACGAACCACGAGUUCACGGACGAGCUUAACUACAGUGAGCUGUGCAUCACCGAGUCGGUAGGCUUUCGGACCAGCCGCAGCACCUCCAUGUCCAGCCAGCAGGGUGCGCUGAAUCACUCAACGGGCUGCUGUCCUCGCCGAGUCCGAAGGCGAGCAGCCAUGCGGCUGGCCAACUCCACCGUGUCCGUGAGCCGCGGCAGCGUGCAGGAGCUUGACACGCUGCAUGGAAAGGGCACACCUGGACCACCGCAAACGCGUUCCAGCCUCAACGCGCAGAUCAACCUCAAGCUGAACUGUGGCGACCAAGACUUCAGCGCAGCCAUCAUUAGCAUCCCCACGCCGCCCGCCAACACGCCCGACGAGAGCCUGCCGCCCUCGCCCGCCGCCAUCCCGAGCGGCAUCCUGCGCAACACGCGUGCCACCGCCUACACCUCUGACACCGUCAAGAUCUCCUCCUUGUAACAUCUGCCAGGGAUUUUCCCAUGCGCCUCGCACCCUCUUGCCUGCCCGCUUGCCUGCCUGAUGCCCGUCGCAGCUGGCUGAGGAUUGUGGGUAGAAGACAUAAACACAAAGUCUGUUCUUCCAGUUUUGUCCUCAGCUGAUGAUGAAAGUGGACAUCCAAAAAUAUGCAAACAAAGCGGGACGUAAUCGCAACGUUGGAACUAACCGUCAAUAGUCAACCAUAGGAUAAAAUGUUUGUGUGCCGUGUUUGACAAACAAAACUAGUCGACAAAUGAAGGAAAAAUUCCAAACUCAGCUUCCUUCCAUCGUACAACAAUGAGCAUCUUACCAUGCUAAUGUGAUUCCAUUUAACAAAAGAAAAACAGACAAAAGCACUGGAAAUAGUAGAUAAACCUCUCAUGUGUAGCAAUUUCAACCGUUAGACUGUUUAUUUAGCAGCAUCACGGCGGCCUACUAGCUAGUACAUCUGCCUUUUUGUGUUCGAAUCUUGGCUAGUUUUCAUAUUGUUGUGUCAUAUUGUAUGUUAGCAUGUUCGCUUCAUUGAAGAUGCAGAAAUUGUCCAUAUGUGUGGAUGAGAGUGCUUGUUUGUUUACUUUUACGGACAUAGAUUGAGGACCGGUCUGCCUAUUUGGACAAUUAAUGGGACUGGUUGCCGGUCAAUUGUAGUCUAAUCAGUCUCAUUUCAAAUUAAUGGAUACUUUUCAGAACGUUAAUACAUGAUCAUGACAUUUUAAAUCACAUUUGUUGUCACAAUGGAAGAAAACUGAAGCUAAACCUGCUAGCUUAAACAUUUGUGCUGCUUGUGCACGUGGCCACUUUGACAUUCCUCAGUUUCCUCCUCGGGCGUGUAUGGGCGAGCGUGUAUGGGAGUGUGACCAAGCACAAAUUGUAACAUAUUUUGUAACAUAAACGUUUACCUGCACCUGUCAAUCACCCCUCAUCCCCCCCCAAAAAAUAGGAAAAAAAAGGUGUGGACAUCACCACCUGGUCCGUGCAUGAGCAUCAUAAGACUUUCAAUUUAGCCAGCAUAUUCCCAAAAAGAAAAAUACAAUGAGGGGGAAGAUUCUUUCUUAUUUUGCAUGAAGACUUUCUAAUGAUUUUUGUUUUCAUUCAACCACCAAGACGUGGCAUCAUUCAGGAAUGUUCCUGGGCUGGAAUGCUGAGAGACAUCACUACUAUGCAUGGAUACCGUUGUAGGUAUUUGAUCUCAACACAGUUUUUGUUCACUGGACUUCUUCUGAAGAUGGUCAUGAUAACAAAGGCUACCUUUAGCGCAAAUUUUCUUCAGCAUUUGGUUAUGCUAAUUUACGCUCACGUUUUUCACCUCACUCAGUAAAUAACCUCUGCGUCGACUACUAGUGACGACAGAUGCUAAUGUAUGUUAAGUUUGUGCCUUGGAAACAAGGUGAUCGCAACAAUUGCUUACUUUAGUGGCAACAGAUGCAAAUUUGCUCACACAGGGAAUACUUGGGGGCAUUCAAAAUAUCUGCACCAAUGAUAGUGACCACUAAUGGUAUUAGCUAACAA